AUGGAGUUCCAAAGCUUCCACUCUCCCUGCUCGACUGGUUUCACGGGCCGUCUCGGCCCACCACCGGAAAACCCGCCGGCGGACACCUCCGUCGACGGCGAAGCCCUCAGGAUCCAAACCCUUCUGAAAACAUUCUCCGGCGAGCCAACCCAAAAAGUCUCCCAACAGCUCGACUCCUCUAAUCUAUCUUUGUCGCAAGAAUUGGUUCUCAACGUGCUCAGACGGUACCGCUCCGAAUGGAAAACCGCGUACUUAUUCUUCUGCUGGGUUCUCCAGAGCUCGACUGUUCUCUCUUCAGAUACCUCGAUCCACAACGAAAUUCUUGAUAUUCUCGGCCGGGCCAAAAGAUUCGACGAGGUCCACCAAGUACUUGACAAAAUGUCUGAAAGAAAGAACCUAGUAAACGAGCACACGUUCGCAACUGUGGUCCGCAGGUACGUGGCAGCCCACAAAGUCGACCGGGCAAUCGACUUUUACGACAAUAUGGGGAAAUUUUUCGGGCUUGAUCCCGACCCGUCCGCUUUCCAAAAACUCCUACUCUCCCUCUGUAGGUACAAGCACGUCGAGCAGGCUGAAAAUUUGUUGCUCGAGAGAAGAAACGAGUUUCAAAAUGACAUCAAGGCUUGGAACAUCAUUCUCUAUGGAUGGGGCUUGCUGCGUAGCUUGCAAAACGCUAAACGGGUCUGGGAAAAAAUAGCCCGUUUGAAAUGUGGGCCCGAUAAGUACACGUACGCCAUUUUCAUUAACAUAUUGAGCAAAUGCGGCAAAACAACUACGUCAGUUGACCUUCUCAGGAAAAUGUGGGCCGACGAGGGAUGUGGUGGGCCAGACGUGCCCACCUGUAACGCCGUUAUUGAUGGGCUUUGCUUUAAGAAACGAAUACCCGAGGCCCUCGAGAUUUUUAAAGAGAUGGGAAAAAUGGGCUGCCCACCGAAUGUAGUUACGUACAACACGCUUAUAAAGCACAUGUGCAAGAUUCGGAGAAUGGAUAAAGUGCACGAGCUUUUGAGCGAGAUGGAGGAAAAAGGUGGGGAUUGUUUGCCGGACUCAUUGACUUUCGGUAAUUUGUUAAGAACUGCAAAGAAUUGUGAUGAUGUUGACUGGAUUUUGGAGAGGAUGAGGAAAAUCGGGUGCAAAAUGGAAGGGGACGCGUACAUUUUGCUUCUGAAGCUUUACAUGUAUUCAGGUGAAGUGGAAAGGGCGAAAUGGGUUUGGGCUGAAAUGGAGAGGGAGGGUUUUGGGCCCGACCGGAGAUCGUACACAAUCUUUAUUCACGGGUAUUAUGAUAUAGGGAUGUCGAGGCCCGCAUUGGAGCUUUUUGACGAGAUGGUCUCGAAGGGGAUGGUGCCUGAGCCGAGUACCGAGGAGUUGGUGAAGGAUAUGAGGUCGGGGUCUAAUGGAGUCGGCCUACGAUCAAGGAGGAGGAGGGUUUUGAGAGCAAAAUAG